AUGAAACGUUGCUAUGUAACCGUAUCAUCCGCGGACACAGAGCCACUGUUAAAGUGGGCAACCGCGGGGCGUGUGUUUAAAAUGAAUAAAACAUCCAAUUUCUGCGGAACUGAACUUCAUCGUCGAGUUAUACUGUACACGGUAUGGCUGAUAUAUUUGUCCAAUCGUAUCUGUCGAACGGUAACCGUCGGUUUGUUCCCUUGGCUGCACAUCGAAACUCUGCUCUUCCACGCGUUCAGUGCGUAUCCAGCAUCUGAGCACACCAUGUGCUUCCUCUUGCUCGUUUAUCUUCUCUUAUCGGUCACCACUCAAGACGUUCGCGCGGAGGAAAUCGACUGCCAAGUUUAUAACCAUCUUUACGUUUGUCUGGCCAACAGCGUGUUAUACAGUGUCGCGUUCGAGGAUGUCAACGCGGUGCAGACGAUCGAGGACAUAGAAUUACACCUGGAGGGUCUUGGGAUCAUCGACAUAGCCAAGGACGCUUUUCUCGAAGUCAGCAACUCGUCCGCCUUGUACAUUCGUGACAACCACUUGUCUACAAUUUUUAGACACUAUUUCUCUGGUUUGGACCAACUGACGUAUUUGGAUCUGAAGAAUAACAGUAUAACCGAGAUAGAAGACGGUGCCUUUGCCAAAUUGCACAGUCUAGAAACGUUGCUGCUGGAUAACAAUAAUAUUACUGCGUUUCGACCUGGAAUGUGGAAGGGUCUCACCGAUCUUCGUGAAUUGUACGCCACAAAUAACAAUAUUGCCUUGAAGAGAAACAUAUUCAGAGGACUGCGACACCUGGAAACCUUAGCGUUGGAUUGUAACGGUAUCACGGAGGUACCUAUUGGAGCGUUUAAUGGACUGCCUCACAUCGAUCUCCUCUAUCUGUCGAGAAACAAAAUUUCGUCCCUGCAACCCGAGGUUUUUCGUGGUCUUGGUGAAAUCAACGAACUAGAUUUGGGACGGAAUCGAUUGAAAAAUGUGUCUGGAGGAAUUUUCCGACAUCUGAAAAACUUAAAUUCUCUUUGGCUCAACGGAAAUCAAAUUAUCAUGCUGAAGGGGGACGCUUUCGAUGGAUUGGAUAAUUUGUUGCUUCUGUUCUUGAACAGCAACGAACUGCGUUUUGUGGACAUGUCCGCUUUCGUCAAGAUGAAGAAUGUUACCACCGACCCAGGUUUCAAGAUAGCCGGGACGACUAUUGAUAAUGUUUCCAAAGUGCAAGGACGAUUUCAAUGCAGCAACGUCGAGUAUCAGCUGCCCUACGAGUGCACAGAGAUCGAGUCUCAAGUUCAUUAAAAUACGGUUUACAGAGUGAACAGUGUUGCUUCGAUAUGGAAACGCGAAUCUGUAUCCGAAACGUCGUUUGACAAAUUUUUAGUUAUAUAGGAUAUGCUUGUUAACGAUGAUUUAUGUAAAGUAUUGGAAAAUAUAUUAAUACAACGAAACAGAGAC